AUGGCUUUUUUGUGCCUUUUGUGUCCUGGACUCAUUGAAGCCAUGGAGGAUGUGGAGGUGAUGGAGGUUGUGAAAGUGACUGAAGAAGUUGAAAGUGAGAACAAACGAAUGGAGAUGACUUCCCCCAGAAAGAGGAGGAGCAAGGCAGAGGAAAACGGUCUGGAAAAACCCAAGAAGCCCAGGUCUGCCUACAUGCUGUACUACUUUGAUGUUCAGCAGAUUAUGCAACUGGGAACCCUGAAUCUGCCUCAGUCGGAGGUUAACAAGCGAAUCAGUGAGAGCUGGAAAAGACUUAGUGUAGCUGAGAAGAGCUACUACCUGGAGAGAGCCAAGUUGGAAAAGGAGGGGAUAGAUACAACAUCUCAAGGCUCCUGCAAACACCUGCCAGGCUUCCGCAAAAUCCUCCCCAGAGCCAAUUGCUUUCUGCUGCCAAACAGCGCCGCCUCUAAUUAUCAGUCUGCAGGCUCUCGCUCAGAGGGGACCAUCAAAUUACAGGACCCUCCAGCCGAAGAAGGCUUGUCCUCUGUCGCCCUCAGGGUCCCUGAAUGCCAAGUGGAACCUGUUGGGUUGGCUGCCGAGGUGCAAAUCUCAGAGCUCCCUUCUGUUCCUAGUGACACAGCAGAAGAAACAGUGGAGUCAUCCUCUGUUUCUCUCCAAAGAACUUCACUCAAGCCUUCGUUGAAAACCCUGACCUCCACAGACACCCAAGACUCACAGGGUUCUGCUGAUGAGACGCUGCAGGCUGUAACUGUGAAAACAAAAUCCAGUGGGGUAACGGUGCAAAUGAUGCCAAGAGAAAUUACACAGAUGCUAGCCAUUGUUCCCACACAGAACCCUCUGGAGCCCCGACCUUUAGCAGGCCUCAGUACUCUGCAGCCGGUCAUGAUGAUAUCUGUAGGAGCCAAAUCGGAUCAGGUUACCAGACCUUCUUACAAAAUGUCUUUAAAGACUUACACCAGGAGAGGUCGAGGGAGGUGUCUAAAUCCUGGCUGCUCAUUCAUGUAUGUCACUCGACACAAACCGCCUACAUGUCCUGAAUGUGGGAGCCAUUUGGGAGGAAAAUGGACACCUGCUGUAAAGGCCAAAAGAAAACAAGAGAAAUCUGGAGCUUCUAAGCUAACAACUGACAACAAGAGUGGGGAGAGCCGCCAGGCUGCACUGAAUGUUUCUGCAGACAUCAGUGAAACUAAGAAAGAAGGACAAGCAGAUCAGGGUGACGUCAAACAACCCGCACAUUUAACUGCAGCGCCCCCAGAGGGCAGCAGCGCCACACCGCUUCCUCAAGUCUGGACACAGAUAAAAGGAAGCUCUAAAAACCCUUCUGAGAAAGCAGUAAAGAGCAGUGGUGUUGUCCAGAAGAGGCCUGUGAGACCUAUCCUUCCUGCCCUCUAUAAGCCAGGCGGUGCCGUCAUUCAGAUCUUGCCUGUCCCGCCUGAAAAAGAAAAACUUCAGGGUGUUUCCAAAAACAAGAAUGCAUCUGAAGCUGCAGCGCCUCGGGAGAGUUUGUCGGGUCUUAAACCCAGCACUUUAAAGCAGCUUGGUCAGACCGUCCCAACGAACUCUACCAACCAGGACCCCUCUGCUCCUGCAGACAGAAAACAGCAUGUCACCUCAUCCUCUGACAGAGGUGUGAAUGUUGUGUCCCUGAUGCCUUUUAAACAUACGGUUUCCUGCUUUGAUUUGGGGCUAUCUACAGCACGAGGACGGGGCCGCUGUAAGAACCCGGCCUGUGACUACAUUUAUAAGAACCGCCAUAAACCUGCUGUUUGCCCCAAAUGUGGCAGCGAGCUGACCAGAAAGAAUACCACAUCUCCUAAGCCUGAGACUUUGCUAGAUCCCUAUCAGGAGCUGAGUCCUGCCCAGAAGGACAUCCAGCGGCAGAGCACUCUGCAGUUAAUCCGCAGCAUGCUGCAGAUUCCUGAGAGCGAGACGGAGCUUCAGGAAAUAACAAGAAUCAUCCAGGAGCUGAACAGUGUUAAAGUUGUUUUGGUUCGUAGUGGUGAGGAAAACAAUGUCGACACUGAGACGCUCUUUGAGACUGGGUGGCCUCAGUUUUAUGAAUCGGCAGCUACACACUGCGGCCUGUGUAACUACCCUCUGUUCAAAGGGGGGCAGGGUACCGUCGCAGGGCAGGAAGACUGCUGGCUGCUGACGGAGACUCUGAUGCAGACGGCAUCUCUGCAGCUUAAAGUGUGUCCCAACGUUAAAUGUUUGGCCCUGCACUGCUUCACAGAUCUGCAUCCAGGUUUGUUCAACAUUGGGAACCGACUGCUUGUUAGUCUCGACUUGUUUCUGAAGGUCAGAGCAAACAUCAAACUGGGCCAAACUCCAUCUCAGGCUGCCAGGUCUGUUUUUGACCAAAUCCCAAAUCAUCCAGUCCACAGUCUGUCCUCAGAGGGAUCAUCUCAAGUUCAAGAGCUUUUCCUGUGCGGUUACUGGGCCUUUGAGUGUCUGACAGUGCGGGAUUACAACGACAUGAUCUGUGGUAUUUGUGGCAUUGCUCCAAAAGUUGAGAUUGCACAGAGGGACAGAAAAUAUGCACUGGAGCUGAAGAAUGUGGAGUUCACCUGGCCUGAGGGUUCAGUCUCAGAUGAAGUACUGGUGGAUGACUUCUGGCUGACCAUGGAGGGCGAAGCGAUCGAGCAGGCAGCUUUCCCUGCAGACAUCCCCAUCACACAGAUGGAUGCUUCCAUCAUCGCUCCAUUUGCCCCCCCUUUGAUGAGGAGCCCCACAGUCAUCAACACAGAGAAGGACAAACUCAUGGCACAGAUACAACAGCCUGCAGGAGAUCCAUCAGUUUUGGUUCGUCUGAUCCAUGAUGGGCAGCUCCGACUCCAACAGGUUGAAGAUCACAGCGAGGAGGAGCUGAGAGUGAUACUGGAGUCCUGUGGGGUUGGCCUGGCUACUGGCUCCACUAAGAAUGAGCUUCUGGCCACUCUAGUCAACCUGUACACACAUGUUCACAGUGGCCUUUCCACAGCUCCACAGCCACCGGCCCAUCUCACAGCAGGCAAGCUCUCCAAGGUUUGCCCCCACAAGGUGGUGUGUUCCUCUAAGUACUUGGUGAGAGGAGAGACGGCUCGGGACCACGUUGAUCUGCUCCUGUCCUCCCGUAACUGGCCCCCAGUUUAUGUUUGCGACUGUCCUCGUCAAGUGGCGCUUUGCACUGAUCUGCAGUAUCCGCAGAUCGCAGCACAGAUGUGGGGCAGGAACCAGGGCUGCUUCUCUGACCCCUUCGAAAAGCCAGAAUUUGUGUCAUGCCCUGAGCUACAGGACCAGCCGGAUGCCGACCUCACCUUGGUGACGGAGAACCAGCAGGUUCACCCCAUCACAAAGUCUCCUUCCUGCUGGCUGGUUUGUCCUCCAGGGUCUGCGCAGCAGACCUCUGCCCUGGAACAUCACUCUAUGACCCACUGCAGAGAUCUGGAGCCAUAUAUCAAUCUGCUAACAGAUCAGGACACUGAGACCAAAGAGAAGCAUCACACAGAGGAAGCUCUAAAAGAACAGACUGAUAUAACAGAGAAGGCCUCUUCUAAGGAAGCAGAGGACCGUACAGACAGUGCAAACAAACAGCCCGUGGUUUUCAACAACGCAGCUUAUUAUUACCUGUAUAACCGCCUGGUAGACUUCCUCAGCAGCAGAGAAGUGGUAAACCAGCAGAUCAGCCAGGUUGUGAAGGCUUGUCAGCCUGGACAGGUGGUGAUCAGAGAUGCUUUGUAUCGCCUCGGAGUGGCAGAGAUAAACACAGAGAAAGAUGGAGACGAGUUAGAGACAGAGACAGGAGAGAAUCACCCGAUUGUUCAGGGUGAUUAGAAAAUAAAUCAGUGCCGUAAAGAGAUUAAGGUGCAGAAAUGACUUUAAUAAUAUCCAGGAGGCAAAAUAAAGUGCUGGUCACAAUUUUUUAAUAUGACACGUUGAAGUAUUAGCCUAAUGGCAGAUAGAUUAAAUAAAUUUUCUGGUCUGUUUACAGCAACUUGCUUAUGUAACUUAAAGGGUGGGAUGUUUCACUAAAUGGCUCAUGUGACCUUAUAGCGCCGCUCUAGUGUAAGUUAUAGGUCUAGCUCCACGAAUGACUUAAAGAUACACAGUGUUGCUUUAAUACGACAUAAGAGUUUAAAAGUUAAGACGCUGCCAUUUAGAACCCUGUCAGCUGUACUUCAGAGUAUGAAAUAAUUUUAUAUACUAACAUAAGUAUAAGGUCCAAGCUGAUAACAAAGCUGCUAUGCUCCUUUUUUAUUUUCACACAUAUGUAGAACGUUAUCUAAAUGUUUUUUAUAUAAAACAUAAAGGAUAAAAAAUUUUUUUCUGAUACUUGACUGAGCAGAAUUGGAUAAUAGUCAAAAGGAACAAUUAAUAUAUAUUACAGCAGUUUCACAGAUAUAAUCUGUAGCAUUUAUCAUUUAAAUUUCAUUUUUUAAUUUUUAAGUUUCAGUCAUAACAUUUCAAGAAAUAUAAACACACAUUAAAUGUAGCCAUUUUUCCCACAAUAAGGCCACUAAGUUUCCACAGUGUUAUUGUUUUUUUUUUUGUUCCGGAGUGAACCGACCUUUUAAUUCUUUUCAUAAAGCAAACUGUGAUUAAGCUUUCUUUCAGUCAGCUGAUCGUUGGCAGCAAUUAGUGAGGAAGAGGCAGUGCUGCUACCCAGCUGGAGAAACCUUCCGUCCAUUUUUCAUAUUUAAAGUAUUUGUAAUAUCUAUAGAUUUGACUUGUAAAGCUCUGAGGCAACAAGCCAGAGAGAAACUUCACUACACCUUCAGUCCAGCAGGUGGCAGGGAUGAGAAAACUUGUUCUCCCUUUCUUUACAGUGGCAACCACUUGAGUAAAUCCAUCAACAUAAAAGUUUAUUUUCUUUUUCUUUCAAAAUCAAUCUGCAUCGGGCCAGAGUUCCUUUAUAACUGCAGGAUUUAUUUAAACUAACUAAUGCUGUCGGUUUGCAGCCGAGUGUGAAGUGGCAGGGAUGAGGAUCAGUGCCUCCAAUUCUGAGACCAUGGUCUUGAGCUGGAAAAGAGUAGAGUGCUUUUCCCUGGGUUUGGAAGGAU